UCGCGCCCAUGGGUGAAUCUUCUUGUACGAGCUCGUUCUGACACAGAGGAGACGGUGAAAUCAUAUGGGCGUGGUUUUUGGAUGGAGAUGCUGCUGGCUGCUCCGUCUGCUCCCGCUGGGAUCCCCACCUGCCCCUCUCCCGCUCACCCUCGCUCUCUCUUCGCGCCUCGCACCGCUUUGGCCACCACGGCUCCACGGCUCCGCGCACCGGCUCUGCCUCUAACUGUUUUGGCAUUUCCCCGGGGCUGCAACCAACACAACCGCUGCGGGUAAUUAAGUAGCAUUUUUGUCAUCGUUUUUGAUUUGUUUUUUUGCCAUCCCACUGCGGUGUUGUGCAAGAAAGCGCUAUUACGCACGGAAAUAUAAACAAGUGGUGCCUCCGUCGCUCGGAUUAAGUACCCAGGAAGAAGUGCAAGAUUCCGGGGACGUUGUCGGUUCAUGUUCGGCGUGCAAGGAUGGAAAGGAACCGCAAAGGAGCGCCGGUGUUGUUGACGAGGCUUGGGCUACUACUUGUGCUGCUCGGAGUGAGCGGUGUGAGUGCCAAAAAGGCGAGGCAACCGCGCUGUCCGCACUCGUGUACAUGUACCAAAGAUAACGCGCUGUGUGAGAGUGCGGGGCUCAUACCUCGCAGCUUCCCUCCAGAUGUUAUUUCACUAUCGUUCGUCAAGUCCAAAUUCACAGAAAUCCCGAAAGAAAGCUUUAUCCACACGCCUGCCCUGCACCUCCUACUUUUCACGGCCAAUGAGCUGGAGUCCAUAGACGAGGAUGCCUUCUUCGGUCUGCCACACCUCGAGUAUCUAUUCAUCGAGAACAACCAAAUCAAAGCGAUAUCUCCGUAUGCUUUUCGGGGUCUCAAGACUCUAGUGCACAUGAGUCUGGCCUACAACAACCUGGAGUCUCUGCCCAAAGACUUGUUCAAAGGUUUGGACGCUCUCACCAAAGUAGAUCUCCGUGGAAACCAGUUCACGUGCGACUGUAAGCUCAAGUGGCUGGUGGAGUGGAUUUACAACACAAAUGCCACAGUGGAUCAGAUCUACUGCAAAGGACCUGCCUCUCAGGUGGACAAGAAGAUCAACGACCUGCUGCCACAAGCCUUCGACUGCAUCACCACAGAGUUUGCGUCGUACCAGAGCCUGAAGUUUGAGUCUAUAUCUGUGGAGGCCUUCAGCUUUGGACAGGACCAGUACGUGGUGUUUGCUCAGCCCUUCAUCGGGAAGUGCACCUUCUUAGAGUGGGACCACGUGGAGAUGGUCUUCAGGAACUACGACGACAUCAACAGCACCUCCACAGUCAUCUGCAAACCUCUCAUAAUCGACAACCAGUUGUUCAUCAUCGUGGCCCAGUUGUUUGGCGGCUCGCACAUCUACAAGCGCGACACCUCGGCCAACAAGUUCAUCAAACUGCAGGGCAUCGACAUCCUCAAGAUCCGCAAGCCCAACGAUGUGGAGACCUUCAGGAUCGACGGGGAAUCUUUCUUCGUCAUCGCCGACAGCUCCAAAGCCGGUUCCACCACCAUCUACAAGUGGAAUGGGAAUGGUUUCUACUCGCACCAGUCCCUGCAUCCGUGGUACAGAGAUACGGAUGUGGAAUUCAUGGAGAUCUCAUCGAAGCCUCACCUGAUACUAUCUAGUAGUUCACAAAGACCAGUGAUCUACCAGUGGGACAAAGGAACCAAGCUGUUUGACAGACGCACGGACAUACCAGAGAUGGAGGACGUUUACGCGGUGAAGCAUUUUAAAGUAAACUCCGACCUCUUCAUCUGCCUGACCAGGUUCAUAGGUGAUUCCAAGGUGAUGCGGUGGGACGGUGCACUGUUCCGGGAGCUCCAGACCAUGCCUUCCAGAGGGUCCAUGGUAUUCCAGCCCUUCUCCGUGGGCAGCUGGCAGUACGCGAUCCUGGGCAGCGACUACUCCUUCACGCAGGUGUACCGCUGGGAUCCAAAGAAGGGAGAGUUUGUUCACUUCCAGGAGCUGAACAUCCAAGCGCCCCGAGCAUUCCACCCGGUCUCCAUAGACAACAGGCAGUUCCUCCUGGCCUCCAGUUUUAAAGGGAAAACUCAGAUCUACGAGCAUCUGGUGAUCGAUUUGAGCAACUGAAGGUGUGUGAGGACAUGUGACUGGGAGAGGGUUAGUGCUAAAGACUAGAACUCAGUUCAUAUCAGUGCAUGAUCCAUAAUGUCCAUGUUAAGCAACUGAUAUUGACACAGAGAUGUUAAAGUGCAUAUGACAGUUUAGACUACUCUUUUCACUAAAACUAGUUAAUAUAUUUACUUUGCUAAAAAAAAACUGACCGAAUUGUCCCUAGUUAGAUAUUUUUUGUGAAGUUUAUUAUUUUACUUCCUAGUUGGACACAGGCAGCAAAUGUGAUCAAUCGAAUGGGCCAAGCUCAACGGCGUGACUGCUCUGACCAAUCAGAGCAAGAGCAGAGUAGAACAAUCCAAAGCUAAAAACUGAAAAAUUGCCACAAAAUCCGACCUUCAUGGAAGCUGUAGGUUCCUGUCAUUUUGAAUGGAAGUUUGUGAUGGCAAAUACAGUUGGAUAUAUUUUUUAAAAAUACAAAAAACUGUGUCAUAUGCACUUUAAAGAGUAACUUACCCACAAGCUCACACCUUUCUCCGACCGCGACCAAAGCUUCACAGUCCUGGAAAAGUGGUCCCAGACCAUGCAGAGAAACAAGGAAGAGAAAAAACUGCCAACAGUGUAAUGAAUGUUCCACUAUAAGCCAGACCGAACUGGGACCAGAGCACAACACCAGGUGAGGAGGAGCUAACUCACUAACACUUUGUCAGAAUAAGUCAUGUUGAUUAACUAGGAGUGGUAUGCAGGAAUUAUUUUAAUACAUACAAAGUGAAAUGUUGCAAGCAAACAUCUGUUAUUUUGGUUAAGGAUUUGGUCAUGUGCUGUAUAUAAUCUUUAUGUUGUUAGAAAGUGGAUUUUGCUUUCCAUUUAACCUAAAAGCCAUAAUCAUUACAAGUGAAAAGUGCUUGUAAUAUUUCACUGUGUACACUUAAUAUACAUAAUAUACAGUAAUAUGUGUUUCUACAGAAUUAUUACUAUAAAUGAACUUAUGGACAUGUUUUAAGGUGAGUUACUCUUUAACGGCGCAAUAUGUAACUUUUCUGAUGGAGGGCCCAGCACCAGCUUGUCACAAUGGAGUUUUUAUUGCUUUGCCAAAAAUGUUCCACAGUAUGGGUUUAAAUUUUUCAAUCACCAUGGAGACAAGCCAAGUUACAGGUCUGAUGUGUGGAGAUCCAGCCCCACUCACAGUAAGAAUGUAUGUUUAAUGAUUUAACUAUAAACGUACCUGUAAUGAAAAAAAAGUACGAUUAAUGAAUUUGACGCCAUACUGAGGAACAUUCCAAGGAAAGCAUUAACAUCACAAUAGAAAAGUUACAUAGUGCUCCAUAAAUCUCAUGAAAUCCAGUUGGGCCAUGCAUGACACAGGCCGCCCCGCACAUAGGACCAAUAGAAAAUGGAUUAGUUUUGGCCAUUUACUUAUGUUUAACCACUACUAUUGCAGUGACUGAAUAUUUCUACAUUUGUAAUCUCAUAUUUAUCUACUGAGGGUAAGAACAGACUUUUUAACCCGUUCGAGGAGAUCUGCCAAAAUGAGAUGUUUACAUUUUCCUGUCUUAAUCAUGUUUAAAUGAUCUUUUGUAAGUUAUAAUGGGACCACGUCAAAGACCAUAUUUGUAGGUUGAAAGAAUGUAAACUUGUACUUGGAUAUUCUUGGAACUUACAUGGUUAUUGUGACUGGUUUGUAUGUGUAUAAAGUAUUGAGCAAUGGUUUUACAAAGAAUGUAUGGACAAACUUCAGAGCACCGGACCAACUAUUUUUAGACACUUAAGAGAAUGUUAUCUUCGACACGCUCAAACUAACAAGCCAUUAUGUCAUGUUAAAGCGUUAAGUUAUUAAUAUUACACUGUUUAAGUCAAUAAAGGUUUACAUCAUGGA